UGGGUAUAGAUGUGUACCUAGAUGUGUACGUAGUAUUGAAAUUGUGUAGUGACUUCAAUAAAUUAAUAUAGUGAAGUAAAAAAUGCAUAUUAUUUUUUAGUUUUUUUGUUGGAGAUUAGCUACGUACCAUCACUUUUAUAAGAUCUCAAAAGGCGUUACUAAUUGUUUGUUUGAAUAUACAUAGUGAUGAUUGUUUCACCAUCAUAGUAAGUAACUGAUUGUGUAUAUAAAAUGCAUGCAAGUAGAUGAUAUCAAAUUAAUAUGUAUGUAAUUAAAAGGGAUAGAUGUUAUAAAGAUAACAAAGGAUCAAGGCAGUGACUCAAGUAAUAUAGAGUGCACCAGAUGUUAUUGCUGCCCUCUCUAAUUUCAGUAUAUUGUAUUUUGUAUAUUGUAUUUUGAACGUCCAAAGGAGGAAAAAUUGGGGAGGACCCCCGACGCGGAAGAGAUCUUGAAUGAUGGAUAUACUAACAAGAAAACUGGAAAAUUGAGUGGUCCAAGAGUUCAAGAGAUAGCGGUACGUGUUAAGUAAAUAUUGUUGUGCAUUAAAAGUUAAUUUUAGACAUUUUACUGUCAAUAAAGAUUUUAUUAACUUAACUUGUCCAAAUAAUAUAAAAUAUAAACAGGAUAAGCUCAAAGUUGCGAAGGAGGCUGUUUUGGCAACUCAAGGGGAGAACGCAAAAGUGGAUAAAACGGCCCUCUAUAUAAAAACUGUUCCACCCAACCGUGGAAGAAUUCUAGGAUGGGGGGCUCUUGGCCCCGAAUAUUUGCGUACCGGCUCUUUGCAAUCCACACAUUGUGCCUCCGCACAAAGUGACCCCGAUAGUGAAUCUAUUAAGGAGGAGAUGAAGGCCUUGAGGAAAGAAGUGAAGGACUUAAGAGAACUAGCGGCCAUGCAAGCAAAUAUGGGUCCAUGGAUGAAUCCGUUUCUCUAUCAUGGGUUUUGUCAAUCUACUUCCGGUACUCAACCACAAAUGCCUCCCAUGUUUCCUCAACAAAAUACAUCUUUUUUUCCUCCCCAAAAUCACUAUACUUUUCCCCAAAAUGGUUCAUCCGGUCCUCAACAAAAUACAUUCAAUUUCUCUCAACAAGUUCCAACAAUGGUCCCUAGCGCUUUUGGAGGUACCCCACAAGUUUCUUCUCAACCUCCGGCCUACUACCCGACGAUGUUUCCAGGUUUUAAUAAUGUGCAAGGUCCACCAUCCAUGCAACCUACAACUCAACCAUUUCAAUUCAUGCCUAUAUCAACUCCAACCAACAUGACUCAAGAUGAAAAUGCCAAUUUUAUUGACAAUUUGUUGGCGAGUGGAGGCAGCAACAACAAUACUAAUCAAGAGAAAGAAUGAAUUGUUGUAAUAGUUAGUUAUUAAAAACAACUUAUUUCUAUUCCUAUGUUGAACAUUUGUAUUUUGUGCUAUGUUUAACACUGCUCCAAGUGUAAGGAUUGUAUGUGACGGAUGGUUUUAUUAUUAUUUGAAUUAUUGUUGCAUUUGGCUUUUAA